CAGCGACCAGUGAUUUCUGCGCAGGCCUGGUUCUGAGCGUUGGUCUGAGACGAGUUUUCGCCAAUGGAGAACAAGAGGAGUAAGGGUAUCUUGGAGCGUUUGAAUGCUGGGGAGGUGGUUGUAGGAGAUGGAGGUUACGUGCUGCAGCUAGAACGACGUGGCUACGUGAAGGCAGGACACUGGACCCCUGAGGCUGCAGUUGAGCACCCUGAAGCUGUGCGGCAGCUACACAGGGAGUUUCUGAGAGCAGGAGCCAAUGUGCUUCAGACGUUCACUUUCUACUGCAGUGAGGAUAAGCUGGAGAUCAGUGGCAAUGUCACCAACGUAACUGGAGCUCAGAUCAAUGAGGCAGCCUGUGACCUGGCCAGGGAGGUAGCCAAUGAGGGUGAUGCACUAGUCGCUGGGUGCGUGUCUAAGACUCCCUGUUAUGUGAAGAGUUGCAGUGAGGCUGAGGUCAAGGCCAUCUUUAAGAAACAAAUGGAUGACUUCCUUAAAAAGGACAUUGAUUUCUUUAUAGUAGAGUUUGUCGAUCAUGUGGAAGAGGCAGUGUGGGCAGUGGAGGUGAUGAAGAGCAGCGGUAAACCAGUGGGUGCAACACUGUGCAUCUCCCCUCAAGGAGACAUGCAGGGAGUCCCACCUGGAGAGUGCGCUGUCAGGCUGGUCAGAGCCGGAGCUGACAUUGUUGGAGUGAACUGCCACCUGGACCCUCUGACGUGCGUUCAUACAGUGAAGCUGAUGAAAGAGGGAUUAGAGAAAGCUGGUCUCAGAGCCCAUCUCAUGAUCCAGCCACUGGGCUUUCACACACCUGAGUGCAACUUCGGUGGAUACACCAGCCUUCCUGAGUACCCCUUCGCACUGGAGACCAGAGUAAUCACCCGCUGGGACGUUCAUAAAUACGCCAGAGAGGCCUACAAUGCAGGAAUUCGGUACAUCGGUGGCUGCUGUGGAUUCGAGCCCUACCAUAUUAGAGCUAUAGCAGAAGAGCUGUCUGCAGAGGGAGGAUCACUCCCUCCAGCUUCAGAGAAGCACGGACUCUGGGGAGCUGGAUUGGAGAUGCACACUAAACCCUGGGUCAGAGCCAGGGCUCAUCGGGACUACUGGGAAAACCUCUUGCCUGCUACUGGACGUCCCAAAUGCCCCUCCAUGGCCACACCAGCCGACAACUACGAGAAGCAGCUGAAGUCCAACAUACCAUCAUAAUUGUUUGUAUCUACUAUUCAGUAGAUACUUGAUGUCGUAGUUUUUAUAUUUUUUCUAACAGGUUAUCCACCUUUUUUGAUAUCAAGAAUUAGAAACAAAUUAGGUAUUUCAUCAAACAUUUUGUCCUUUCCCAAAGCUCAACAUUCCCUCCCAGUGUCCUUACUUUAUUAUUUGGCGUUGUGUUGAGGUGGCUUAGAAACUUUACACCAUAUGCUCAAUGUAACUUGGGUGUAAUCGUUUGUGAACUAACUGCCUCUCUUUCUUUUUUCUGUUCCGUAACUAUGCACUAUUCAUAAACCUACUAACAGAGUGUACAUAGAAACGCCGCUGGUCUUAUCACUAGUUAACGCAAUACUGUUUCUCAUUGUAUGAGGGUAUUUUGAUGUAAAUGUGUUAGCCAAAUGUCGUACAUAAAUGCACCUCAGAAAAACAAAGAUCUCCUUCUCUAACUCUGCUGCAUACACAUGGCUCAAUGUUUCUUGUGUUACCUUUAUCAGUGUG